CUCCGCUGAGCAGUUUAAGGUUUGAAACAUUCAAAUUUGGAGGUUGAUUCUGGAAUUGUGUUUUCGUAGUUUUCAUCUUUCAGUACUGCUUUUAAUAGUUUUGUAACCAUGGCGUACUGUAUGGGAGUUUUACAUCGCCAGGGUGGCAAAGCAAGCAGUCUUCUCUUCUCUGAGAUACAGUCGAGAUGCUUUCAUAUUUCACCUUUAACUGCAGCUGCAGCCAAAGUUGCUAUGAGCAAAUUUGACAAAGACCCAUUGCCAUAUGAGAAACUUAUGAAAAAUCUUGAAGUUGUGAAGAAAAGAUUAGGAAGGCCUCUAACUUUAUCUGAAAAAAUUUUAUAUUCUCAUAUUGAUCAACCCGCAACGCAGGAUAUCGAGAGAGGAUCAUCUUACUUGAGAUUACGUCCUGAUCGAGUGGGUAUGCCAGACGGCACGGCUCUAAUGGCAAUGCUACAAUUCAUUUCUAGUGGUCUGAAACGGGUAGCCGUACCAAGCACCAUAUAUUGUGACCACCUAGUUGUAGCUCUGGAAGGGGCCGUGAAGGAUCUUGCUAGAGCUAAAGAAGUUAACAAAGAAGUAUAUAACUUUUUGGAAUCUGCUGGUAACAAAUAUGGCGUUGGAUUUUGGAAACCGGGGUCAGGUAUUCUGCAUCAAAUUAUAUUGGAAAACUAUGCAUUCCCUGGUCUUUUGAUGAUCGGAACUGAUUCCCACACACCAAAUGGGGGAGGUCUUGGUGGGCUCUGUAUUGGUGUUGGGGGUGCUGACGCUGUAGAUGUAAUGGCUAAUAUUCCCUGGGAAUUGAAAUGUCCCAAGGUCAUUGGUGUUCGACUAACAGAAGUUUUUAAUCUUUUCAGUGCCACAAAUGCUGAAAAUAACGAACUAAACAAUGUGAAGAACCAACUCACGGGUGAAUGGGGAGCAGUACCUGACGUAGCUCGUUACUACAAAGCUAAAGGAGUUCAGUGGGUUGCAAUUGGUGAUGAAAACUACGGCGAAGGCAGUUCUCGCGAACAUGCCGCCCUUGAACCCAGACAUUUAGGAGCUCGUGCGAUCAUCGUGAAAUCUUUUGCCCGCAUCCAUGAAACUAACCUGAAAAAACAAGGACUUUUACCUCUCACUUUCGCCAACACUAGCGACUACGAUAAAAUCCAACCCUCAGACAAGAUUUCAUUAAAGAAACUGAAUACUCUUGCCCCGGGAAAACCAGUUGAAUGCGAAAUCAAACAUGCCGACGGUAAAGUUGAAAAAAUUCUUCUCAAUCACUCAUUGAGCGAUCUUCAAAUAGAUUGGUUCAAAGCCGGAAGUGCACUUAAUCGCAUGAAAGAAUUAUUUCACUGAUGUAGACAGAUUAUUUAAAUGAUUUCUAGGUAUUUAAAUUCAAUCAAUUCGUAUUUUGUUUAGAGUAUUCUUUUAUAAAUUUUGUUCAUACAUAUUCAGUCCUAACGAAUUUCCAGACGAUACAGUUGUUGUUGUUAUUCUG